ACGUAAACAGGCUCUACCGGAAGGUUACCAGGCAACAUCAGUUAGGUUGAAUUAAUAUUCAUAAGCAACUGUCUCUGCCAUAGUAGAUUUCGUAAAUGUCUUAUGUGGACGCGUAACGGAGAAACUGUUGCGCUCCAGCGUUCCCACCAUUCUGCUUUAUUUUACGCGUAACGUUAUAGAAGUAAAGGGUCGGUUUCUGAGUUCGACUGUUUUAAAAUAAAAAGGUAACGUUAGUUUUGCAGAACAUUCAAGCCAAGAAUAAAACAGUUCAUGAGGUGACAGUUACAAGGAGAACUUUAUUGUGAAGAAUUGCCAUCGACAGAUCGGUUUAUGUUGGCAGCAGCACGGGUGCUUUUCUUUUGCCGUUUGCUUCUCCCCACUAACUUACACCCACUGAACUGAGCUACGGUCUGUGAAGAUAAUCGAAAAUGUUGUCCAAGAUGCAAAGCUCUAAUAAUAUAGCCCAGGCCAGAAGGAACGUUCAACAGCUACGGAUAGAAGCUAAUGUAGAAAGAAUAAAGGUUUCUAAAGCAUCUGCAGACCUCAUGCAUUACUGCAGUGAACAUGCCAAGUAUGAUCCUCUACUCAUGGGCAUCCCAGCUUCAGAAAACCCUUUCAAAGAUAAAAAGCCGUGCACUAUAUUGUGAGAGCUUUUACUCUUGAUGUGUCUUUUUAAUGUUGCCUUUUAUUGUUGUUGUUUUUUUUUUCCAAGCGUUCAUCUUCAAACGUUCAUUACAAUCACUGUUUGCCUUAAAAAGACCUAAACCUCAAGCCAUUUUUCAAUUGUAUCCACAAAAGUACUGACUAGAAAUGUUCCUGCCAUCUGAAAAGGAGAGCCAAAGCACGUAGUAAACAAAACCAUUUGUUGUGCAGAGACAAAACCAGCCCAUGAAUGAAUCCGUAGCUUUAGGGCAGAGCACAGAUGAGUUGUUUGCUUUGUGAUUGUGUCCACUGAUGUGGUUGUGUCUUCUGCAAAUAAAGGGUGAGGUCAGAGUGGGCGUUUUUACCACGAAGCACAGGAAAUGAUAUUUUUUUAAUGACUGCUCUCUGUAAUGUAUAUCUGCAGAUAAGCAGAGCCUCAUCAGCAGAGCUUCGACUGUGUCUGAUGUGUUUAAAGGCAGGCAGUCACAGCGAGGCAUUGUUGGAGGCUGAUGAACGGGGUGAAAUGUCGCCAUCAUGAAUGUGUGUAGGGUGCUUGUGCUCAGUGGAGGAGGAAACAGGUGUUUUCAGAGGCGUCACAUUGACGCAAUGCUGCUCUGGCCCUCCCUCAUUAACUCACUGUGGAUGAACAAUAGAGUGAUAUAAAGCUAACCCCUUCUGUCAAAUCACUACGCACAAGAUCAUGACCAUGUCUUUCUCUCACAGUAAACCAGCUGAACUGUGUCAAAAGGUCAAUUACUGUCACAUCUUGCAGAUCAGCAUUUUUAGAGUUUUAAAGUAGCCAAACAAAUUUUAGAUUUUAGAUUUUAUUUUGAAGUUUUUAGAGAGCUUCCUUUCUUCAGUGAAACAUUAAAUAUGUUUUAUUUUGUUUUACUUUUAAACUGUUGUCUUUGGUGAUUGAUAAAAUGCAAAUCAUCUACUGGUAUUUUGACACAUACAAGCAAUACCCAUGACUCCUUUUGGUACAAGUCUUAUGUCUUUGUGAGAAAUUGAACAUUAUUUAAACAUUAUUUUCUGUAUAGGAAUCUAUAGCCUCUGCAAAUGGUCCUGAGCAUUUUCACGAGUUGGAGUGAACUGCAAUGAACUAUUUAGGCUGUGCAGGUAAUAGUGUAUUAAAUCAUGUUUAUUUUCUUGGACAAACCAAUUAUUUAGCUUAAGAGGUCAAUGUACUGUAUCAUCAAGAACCACAGGUAAUUUUGUUAUAUAACAGUUUUGUCUGGUUCUUGAAUCUAAUUGGCUGAUAGCUGUGCAAUAUUCUGCAAAUAACAGCACUCGUCCAGCCCCUUCACCCUUGUGUAUUACUCCGCCCACAUACAGCGAAAAAUAGAGGACAAUUCACAGUUUGACAAAUGUUGCUGCUGUUGGACAAUAUAAUGUACUUUUGAGGCUUUUUUUUUUAGUUUGUGAUAACUCUAUCUACCGAUUGCAACACAGAAAUACUGGGAAAUCCCUGUAUAUAUAUACAUGUUUAAAAAAAAGUCCAAAAACAGUCAUUGGCUAUGUCAAAAAUUGUCUACUACUCAGCAGGUACUGCAUUUGAAUUCAAAUGGGGUUUCAAAUGAAUCGACUCUUUAAAUCCGAACAAAUGAAUCGUCCAGCGAUCAUUCUAACGGUCAGUUGACUAGGUGUAGACAGAAACUACACCUAACACAAACACACAUUCAUACGGGUUGUAGAAAAAGAUUAAAGGUAAAAAAAUAAGAGUUUAAAAGAGUGUACUGAUGCAAAAACCAAACCCAGCGAACUAAAAAUAAUCAAUUUAACCCUUGUAUUGGUUCUUUAGAGUUAAAUUUAAUUUACACCAGUUCAGUGGUAAUCUGGAGGCGUUCCUUUUGCGAUGUGAAGGACUCUCUCUGUUGAGCGGGGGUUCCCACGUGGUUAGCUGGUGGUCGACUUUUUGUCCUGUGAGGCUUGGAGUGGGGUGGAGUCUAUCGUUUCAUGUUUUGAAAUGGCAAAAGGACUACUCAUGUUGACCUCUGGUUUUGCUGCGUACUAGACUCUCGUAAAUAUAAAAUGGCGGGAUUCCCUUUCUUUUUCAUUAAAGGUGCUGUCUCCCCUACAAAUGCAAUCCUCAAAACAGUCAUAUAACGGUGCAUGACUGUCAGCUGACGUGCUCCAUAGUGCUAAAUAGCGGAGCAAAAGACUUUUUGGGUUUUUGGGUUUUAAUAUAUACAUAAUAUAUAUAUAUACAUACAUAAUUAAUAAUAAUAAUAUCUAAAGAUGUCGAUCUUGGUGUAGUUUUUUUCAAACACAAUUAUUUUUGUCCUAAAUGAGCUUAAAAAAUUAGAAAAUCAAUCAAAUGCUUUCAAUAUAACGUUAGACGUGUGCAUUUCUAAAGUGACACCUGUUAUUUAAUGUGAUCAAACGAAAAAAAAAAAAUCUAAAUAAAUAAGAUGCAUCUGUUACUCUAAUCAGAAUGUGUAAGUUAUACAGUG